UAUUAUUUUUUUUGCACAUUUGCUGGGUUUAUUUAAGCGCGCACGCUACGACUGAAAGAGGAAACUAUGCAUACAAAUUUUGGCGCCUAGAGUCGUUAGCUUCACAUACCUCCGUCGAGUUUUCGACUUUCAAUUCAUUUGCCCGCUGCUGCGCUACUCAUAACAUCAGGGUUUUAGUUUGCGAAACUAUGGAAUCAUACAACCUUAGGUCAGUGUUGGAGUUGCCUGCUCCUUUCAGAUCAACCUUCGAUUUCAGAUAUUUCAAUUCUCUGCAGAGUGAAUGCUUUCCUUGCUGUUUCCUCUCCGAUGUAAAUAUGGUCGUUUCUGCACCAACUGGAAGCGGUAAAACAGUGCUAUUUGAGCUGUGCAUUUUAAGGCUCCUCUCAAAGUUUCUUUCAGCAGACGGGAGAUUCAUCCAUGUGAAGGGCACCCUGAAAACGAUCUAUAUAGCACCUUCCAAGGCUUUGGUACAAGAGAAGCUUAGGGAUUGGGAUCGGAAGCUAGGUGCAUGGGGCAUAAAUUGCCUUGAGAUGACUGGGGACAAUGAUUCGUACAAUACAAAGAAUAUUCAAGAAGCAGACAUAAUUCUAACAACUCCUGAGAAAUUUGAUGCCGUGACUCGCUAUAAAAUAAAAGAUGGUGGCUUGAGUUUUUUCAGUGACAUAGGACUUUUAUUCAUCGAUGAAGUUCACCUAUUAAAUGAUCCACGUGGUGCUGCUUUGGAAGCAAUAGUGAGCAGGAUAAAAAUGCUUUCUUGCAGACCUGAAAUGAAAUCAAUCCCCCUGGCUCAUGUACGUUUUAUAGCUGUUUCAGCAACAAUUCCAAAUCUGGAGGACCUAGCGGAGUGGCUAGUGGUUCCUCCUCAAGGAAUGAAAAGGUUUGGUGAAGAAAUGAGACCAGUAAAACUGACUACCAAAGUUCUUGGGUAUGCAGCAGCCAAAAAUGAUUUUCUCUUCGAAAAGCGCCUCCAGAACUACAUCUUUGAUAUUUUGAUGCAAUAUUCUAGAGGAAAAUCUGCUUUAGUUUUCUGUUCGACCAGAAAGGGAGCACAAGAAGCAGCACAGAAGAUCUCUCAGACAGCCAUGACCUUUGGGUAUUCAAAUCCAUUCAUCAAGACAAAUGAGCAACUAGAGAGAUUGAGGGAAGCCUCAUUGUCAUGCAGUGAUAAACAGCUGCAAUCAUACAUUCUCUAUGGUGUUGGUUAUCACAACGGCGGUCUUUGCAUGAAGGAUCGAAACCUUGUAGAGAAUCUUUUCCUUAAUAGUGAUAUUCAAGUUCUUUGCACAACAAAUACGCUAGCACAUGGAAUCAACCUACCGGCACAUACAGUGGUGAUCAAGUCUACACAGCACUAUAAUAAGGAAAAAGGCAGCUACAUGGAGUAUGACAGAUCCAUUGUUUUACAGAUGUGUGGUAGAGCUGGUCGUCCACCUUUUGACGAUACAGGACUGGUUAUCAUCAUGACAAGAAGGGAAACAGUACAUUUGUACGAAAAUCUUUUGAAUGGAUGUGAAAUUGUAGAAUCACAAUUACUGUCUUGCAUAAUGGAGCACUUGACUGCGGAAAUAGUACAGCUAACUAUCCCUGACAUUACACGGGCAAUUGAAUGGAUGAAGUGUUCAUACUUGUAUGUCAGGAUGAAAAAGAACCCAGAGACUUAUGCUAUUCAGAAAGGGAUUUCAAGAGACCGUAUAGAGUCUCAUAUGCAAGACAUUUGUGUUAAGAAAGUCAAUGAGUUAUCAAGAAACCAGUUGAUCUGGACUGAUGAAGACGGUUUCCUCUUGAAGCCGCUUGAGCCUGGAAGAUUGAUGACGAAGUAUUAUUUGAAAUUCAACACGAUGAAAUACAUUAUGCAGACUCAAUCAAACUGCAGCCUAGAAGAUGCACUUCAUGUUGUUUGCCGAGCAGAGGAGUUAGCUUGGAUACAGCUUAGACGCAAUGAGAAAAAGCUUCUAAAUGAUGUCAAUGCUGACAAAGAUGGUCGCCUUUGUUUUCACAUCCUUGGAGACAAAGGAAAAAAGAAAAAGCGCAUUCAGACAAGGGAAGAGAAAAUAUUUGUUUUGGUCAAUGAUUGCUUGACUGGAGAUCCUCUGGUCCAUGAUUUAUCCUUAAGCCAGGAUGCAAAUUCUAUAUGUUCAAAUGGAUGUAGAAUUGCCAAGUGCAUGAAAGAGUACUUUUUCUUUAAAAAGAACUACAAAGGAGCAUUGAACUCUAUUGCUCUUGCAAAAUCUCUACAUCAUAAACUGUGGGAUAGCUGUCCUUACUUGUUGAAGCAAUUACCUGGCAUUGGAAUGGUGACAGCAAAGGCAUUGCAUUCUAUGGGAAUAACUUCAUUUGAGACCCUUGCUGAAGCUGAUCCUAGGCGAAUAGAAAUUGUUGCCAAUCGGAAAUUCCCAUUUGGAGACCAUAUUAAGGAGUCUUUACUUUCUUUGCCUCCAAAAGUUGAGAUGGAGAUUGAGGCAACUGAAGGCCAGGGGCAAGGAAAGUCCAAGCUGGCAGUAACUUUGACUAGGCUGACACAGGCCCAAUCUAACAAACGGCAUUAUGCUGAUAUGGUUGUUGGUAUGGAAGAGGAAAAUAUGAUCAUCUACCAUGAGAAAAUCAGGGUGGACGAUUUUCUCAGCCCAUACCAGACGACAGUGGUUUUGCCAAACCAUCUACAAGGAAAAUCAACUGUAAAGGCUGAUUUGGUUUUUGAAGAAUUCAUUGGUAUUGAUAUACACCAUAAGAUUGAGCAACUUGAAGAAAUAAAGUCAAAUGUGACUGUUAGACUUGGAACCAAGAGGUCUUCCUCUGUCCUACCUCCUGCAGAAGCUUCUCCACUCAAAAGCACUAGGGGAAGUGUAACACAAGCUAAGGAGCAAUCAACCCGAAGCAAAGUCAAUAAAAAAAUUGAUGACAUGCCCUCUUUUAAACUCAUAGAAGAUGAGCCAGACGAAGGUAGUUUUGAUGAUAAAGCUGCUGAGGAUGACUGCAAGAUCAUAUCUGGGAGUACAAUCUUUGAUCACAUUCGUAAAAAGGCCAAGGAUUUCCCUGCCAUAAAGAAGUCUAGUGCCAUUAAUUUUCCUAUGUCAGAAACUUCAACUUUGCCAACAAAGAGCGUUUGUGUAGAGCAGCAUGUUUCUCCUGGCAUGAUUGAAUUUUCUGAUGAAGUUGAGGGAAAUACUGACAAACAACAAAUGGUUAAUUUUGGAAGACAGCACAGUGGCCAUCUAGACAUCAAUGGUGAUGCAACUGUUAAUCAAGAGACUAAUAAUGUUGAAGAGUCGGCACUAUCGGCAGGCGUAUUUCAUUCUCAGAUAGCAGUAAACAGAAAAGAAUUCCGCAGACUUGAGCACAUACUUGAUCAUGCUAGGAAAAGGUCCAAAAAUUUACCAGUGAUCAAUACAUCAAACACCAAAAAAGGGUUUUCUGCUGGAGUACAAGGGAACUUUUCUGACAAGGAGCAAACACUAGGUCAUCUGAAUGUUGACAAUGAGAAACAGUCAUAUGAACCUCCAGUUGGUUCUGUGAUCUUUUCAGAUCCCGAAACAAUUGAGCAUGAGUACAAUGUAGAUUCGCAUGCAGGAACCUUCAAGGACAAGAAGCGUGCAUCUUCAACUUCAAGAAAAUCAUUGGAUCUUCCGUUUGACCUCUUCAACAAUCAACCCAACAGAACAUAUAAUGCUAAUCCAUCUCUCAACUCUUCACUGUCAAGGAAAGAUGUCCACUACGAGCCUCCAGGGGAUUCUGCAGAGCCUAAAAGCAGUACCACACUAAAUCAUCUAAUGGAAGCAAGUCGAGGAAGCUGUUCACAUGAAACUGGGGACAGAACCAGGAAUGUCAACUCAUUUCUCGGAUUCAAGAGUGUCUUUUCAUUUCUCUGAUUUAUAGCUGUUUCAUUUCUUGGAUUCAAGUACAUGUUCUCACUUCUCUGAUAGUCUGAAUCCCCUUUUUCAUUGAGGUAACUUCUCUGACAGAUUUAGGUAGUGCUAAUCUUGAUCAAAUGUAUGCCUUAUUGUAAAUUACAAACUACUAAGGAUUCCUUAAAACGCUUCCCUUGAUAGAAUUCGGAAGUGUAUUGAAUAGGAUCAUGGCUUGA